CUACUACGGUACCCCGAAGCCUCCAGCUGAACCAGCACCAUUAUUAUUAAAUGUAACAGACCAGAUACUUCCGGGAGCUACUCCAAGUGCUGAGGGGAAGCGGAAGAGAAAUAAGUCAGUGACCAACAUGGAAAAAGCAAGUAUAGAGCCUCCGGAGGAGGAGGAGGAAGAAAGGCCUGCGGUCAAUGGGAACGGCGUUGUCAUAACACCAGAAUCCAGUGAACAUGAAGACAAAAGUGCAGGUGCCUCAGGGGAGACACCUUCCCAGCCUUACCCUGCACCAGUGUACAGUCAGCCCGAAGAGCUCAAGGACCAGAUGGAUGAUACAAAGCCAACAAAGCCUGAGGAGAGCGAGGACUCUGACCCAUUGCCUGAUAACUGGGAAAUGGCCUACACAGAAAAGGGUGAAGUCUACUUCAUUGACCAUAACACAAAGACAACAUCAUGGCUGGAUCCGCGACUUGCGAAAAAGGCUAAACCUCCAGAAGAGUGCAAAGAAAAAUGAGCUUCCGUAUGGCUGGGAAAAAAUCGAUGAUCCUAUAUAUGGCACUUACUAUGUUGACCACAUAAAUAGAAGAACACAGUUUGAAAACCCUGUCCUGGAAGCAAAAAGGAAGCUACAGCAACAUAACAUGCCCCACACAGAACUUGGAACAAAGCCCCUGCAGGCCCCAGGUUUCCGAGAAAAGCCACUCUUUACCCGGGAUGCAUCCCAGUUGAAGGGAACGUUCCUCAGCACCACCCUCAAAAAGAGCAACAUGGGCUUUGGGUUUACCAUCAUUGGUGGGGAUGAGCCGGAUGAGUUUCUGCAAGUGAAGAGUGUGAUCCCAGAUGGGCCUGCCGCACAGGACGGGAAAAUGGAGACAGGUGAUGUCAUUGUCUAUAUUAAUGAAGUUUGCGUCCUUGGACACACUCAUGCAGAUGUUGUCAAACUUUUCCAGUCUGUUCCUAUUGGUCAGAGUGUCAACUUGGUGUUGUGUCGUGGCUACCCCUUGCCCUUUGACCCUGAAGAUCCUGCUAACAGCAUGGUGCCACCCCUUGCAAUAAUGGAGAGGCCACCUCCAGUGAUGGUCAACGGAAGACAUAACUAUGAAACAUAUUUGGAAUACAUUUCUCGGACCUCACAGUCGGUCCCAGAUAUUACAGACCGGCCACCUCAUUCUUUGCACUCCAUGCCAGCUGAUGGCCAGCUAGAUGGCACAUAUCCACCACCCGUCCAUGACGACAAUGUGUCUAUGGCUUCAUCCGGAGCCACUCAAGCUGAACUUAUGACCUUAACCAUUGUGAAAGGUGCCCAGGGAUUUGGCUUUACUAUUGCCGACAGUCCCACGGGACAGCGGGUGAAACAAAUACUUGACAUUCAGGGAUGCCCUGGGCUGUGUGAAGGCGACCUCAUUGUUGAGAUCAACCAACAGAAUGUACAGAACCUGAGCCAUACAGAAGUAGUGGAUAUACUUAAGGACUGCCCCAUUGGAAGUGAGACUUCUUUAAUCAUCCAUCGAGGAGGUUUCUUUUCUCCAUGGAAAACUCCAAAGCCUGUGAUGGACCGGUGGGAAAAUCAAGGCAGUCCUCAAACAAGUUUAUCUGCUCCGGCCGUCCCGCAGAACCUGCCCUUCCCACCUUCCCUUCCCAGGAGCUCCUUUCCUGAUUCAACAGAGGCCUUUGACCCACGGAAACCCGACCCAUAUGAGCUCUAUGAGAAAUCGAGAGCCAUUUAUGAAAGUAGGCGUCCAGAUUAUAAAGAAUUGGAUGUUCACCUUCGGAGGAUGGAGUCUGGAUUUGGCUUCAGAAUCCUUGGGGGAGAUGAGCCUGGACAGCCUAUUUUGAUCGGAGCCGUCAUUGCCAUGGGCUCAGCUGACAGAGACGGCCGUCUGCACCCGGGAGAUGAGCUUGUCUAUGUGGAUGGGAUCCCGGUGGCUGGCAAGACCCACCGCUACGUCAUCGACCUCAUGCACCACGCGGCCCGCAACGGGCAGGUUAACCUCACUGUGAGAAGAAAGGUGCUAUGCGGAGGGGAGCCCUGUCCAGAGAAUGGGAGGAGUCCAGGCUCUGUAUCAACCCACCACAGCUCUCCGCGCAGUGACUAUGCCACCUACUCCAACAGCAACCACGCGGCCCCCAGCAGCAAUGCCUCACCCCCUGAAGGCUUUGCCUCACACAGCCUUCAGACCAGUGAUGUGAUCAUUCAUCGCAAAGAAAAUGAAGGGUUCGGCUUUGUCAUCAUCAGCUCCCUGAACAGGCCUGAGUCUGGAGCCACCAUAAAUGCUUGUAUAAAGUUAAAUGGUGGUCGAGAGAGAACAGAACUGGAAACAGGACACAGUCAGGAGGCUUGUUCAAAAGCAGCCCCUUAG